GUCUAUGCGUCGUCGUCUCCGCUCCCCCAGUCUGCUGCUGCACAUCCACAGCGGAGCCACCACGCCGAGGAGGCGGGCCGACUGUAGCUACACCUCGGCCAGCGGUGCUGGGUCAUAGCGCUGGUGGAGGGGGGGCAGCACACACUGCUCUUCUAGCCCUUCCAAAACCGUGCACAGCCUGAAGCAUUGAGGACGAACAUCAGACCAACGCGUACUGGAAUAGUUUUGGUUUUUGCCGAGACGCACCAAGUUGCAGCUGCAGAGGCGCACUUUUCUCCGUGGCUCCUCUCUCCUCCUGCGCUCACAAUCCGACAUGGAAGAUGGUCCGUCUUCAACAAGCUGUUUCAGAAGGUUAACGGACUGUUUCCUGGGUGCAAGCUUGACAGAUGAGAAAGUGAAGGCCUAUCUCUCGCUGCACCCGCAGAUGCUGGAUGACUUUGUGUUGGAGAGUGUGAGCGCAGAGACGUUGGACAGAUGGCUAAAGAGGAAGACCAGCAGCAGGCCUGCAGAUGACACAUCACCUAAAGAAGUCAGCAGGUACCAGGACACAAAUAUGCAGGGUGUGGUGUACGAACUCAACAGCUACAUGGAGCAGCGCCUGGACACUGGAGGAGACAACAAACUCCUGCUCUAUGAGUUGUGCAACAUCAUCAAAACAGCAACAAAAGCUGAUGGAUUUGCACUUUAUUUCUUGGGAGAAUGCAACAAUAGUUUAUGUAUGUUCACUCCAACGGGGGCCAAGGAUGGUCCUCCAAGCCUCAUCCCCUCUGGCCCCAUCGCAUUUGGGACAACCGUUGCCGCUCAUGUUGCCAAGACUCACAAAACACUGCUAGUAGAGGACAUCAUGGGGGACGAGCGCUUCCCCGACGGCACAGGGCAGGACUCAGGGAUCCAUGUUCACUCUGUCCUGUGCCUCCCCAUCAUCACUGCCAUCGGGGACCUCAUUGCCAUCCUGGAGCUGCAUCGGCAGUGGGGCAAGGAGCCCUUCAACGUCAGCCACCAGGAGGUUGCAACAGCUAAUUUAGCAUGGGCAUCAGUUGCCAUUCAUCAAGUACAGGUGUGCAGAGGUCUCGCCAAACAGACUGAGCUCAACGAUUUCCUACUAGAUGUGUCAAAAACAUACUUUGAUAACAUUGUGGCAAUAGAUUCUCUACUUGAACAUAUUAUGAUAUAUGCAAAAAACCUGGUGAAUGCAGACAGGUGCGCACUCUUCCAGGUGGAUCACAACAACAAAGAACUGUACUCUGACCUGUUCGAUAUUGGGGAAGAGAAAGAAGGCAAACCUGUCUUUAGGAAAACCAAAGAAAUUAGGUUUUCUAUUGACAAGGGAAUAGCUGGCCAAGUGGCUCAGACAGGGGAAGUCUUAAAUAUCCCAGAUGCCUAUGCAGACCCCCGGUUCAACCGAGAGGUGGACCUCAAAACUGGCUACACCACGCGGAACAUCCUGUGCAUGCCCAUCGUGAGCAGGGGGGCCGUUAUAGGUGUGGUGCAAAUGGUGAACAAGCUAAGCGGAAGUGCCUUCACUAAAACAGAUGAGAACAACUUUAAGAUGUUUGCUGUCUUUUGUGCUCUGGCCUUACACUGUGCAAAUAUGUACCACAGGAUCCGGCACUCUGAAUGCAUUUACAGAGUGACGAUGGAAAAGCUGUCUUAUCACAGCAUCUGCACAUCAGAAGAAUGGAAGACCCUUACCCAGCUCAACCUCCCUGCACCCAUCUAUAAAGAGAUCGAAAUGUUCCACUUUGACGUUAGUCCCUUUGAGGAGAUCUGGCCUGCCGUGUUUAUCUACAUGGUUCAUAACUCCUGUGGAAAGACCAGCUUUGAGCUGGAGAAGCUGUGUCGGUUCACCAUGUCUGUACGGAAGAACUACCGGCGUGUGCCCUACCACAACUGGAAGCAUGCAGUGACAGUGGCCCACUGUAUGUUCGCCAUCCUACAGAAAACCUCUGGAAUGUUCACAGAGCUAGAGAAGAAGGGUCUGUUGAUCGCCUGCCUGUGCCAUGAUCUGGACCAUCGGGGUUACAGUAACUCAUACCUGCAGAAGUUUGACCAUCCCCUGGCUGCUCUGUACUCCAGCUCCACCAUGGAGCAACACCACUUCUCUCAGACAGUCUCCAUCCUACAGCUGGAAGGGCACAAUAUUUUCUCCAACCUGAAUUCCAGCGAGUACGAGCAGGUUCUUGAGAUCAUCCGGAAGGCCAUCAUCGCCACGGACCUCGCCCUGUACUUCAACAACCACCAGCAGCUGUCAGAUCUGUUGAACUCAAGUGCGUUGGACUUGAGCAACCGCUCACACAGGGACCGUGUGAUUGGUCUGAUGAUGACAGCAUGUGACCUGUGUUCUGUUACCAAGCAAUGGCAAAUCACACGACUCACAGCCAACGACAUCUAUGCUGAGUUCUGGUCUGAGGGAGAUGAGAUGAAGAAGAUUGGGUUGCAGCCGAUCCCUAUGAUGGACCGAGAUAAGAAGGACGAGGUUCCCCAAGGCCAAGUGGGAUUCUACAAUGCUGUUGCAAUUCCAUGUUACACGACACUAGCGGAGCUUUUCCCUCCAUCCAGUCCUCUCCUUAAUGCCUGCAAGGAGAACCUGGGCCAGUGGGAGAAGAUAUCGCGGGGAGAGGUGCAGGACGUAGUGCCAAACCGACCCCGUGAUUCAGGCCCUGUCAAGGUUGACAACUGACUACCAAAGGGGUUGCUGGCCCACCAAAGGAAUACAACUAGAAUGCUGCCACGGACCUGGUACUCUGUAGGGGGAAGAACCUACAUCCUGUCUUAGCAGGAGACGGAUCAGCUAAAGGCGACUUGACUUUGAAAACACACAGUUACCUCAUUGGGUGACGGAGGUGUCAACACUGACGGUUUCACCGAUCCCAGAGACUGACAGACGACCGGUGGGGAGGAACUUCAACCCAUCGCUCUACAUCCACUCAGCUUGGGAAUUCAUUUGGUAGAAUGGACUUUGGCAGUUUUGGUUGUUUAAUUUUUGGCAAUUUUAUGUUAUGUUAUGAUUCUUUUUUUUAUUUUAUAUAUGAGCUGAUUCUUUUACGGUCUUGUAUUUGCAGAGGCCUUACUCUGAACCUUUCACAGGCUAGACAUAUGUGAAAUCUUGUUGUUGGUUCAGGCUUUUAUGAAAUGGUACUGUUUGCCUUCUGUGGUAGGUUUAUCGUACGCACACUACUUCACCAAGGUAUUUCCAGAGACAGAAGGAAUGUGUAGAGCAGAUGUAUGGUUUAAUGCCACCUUGCUGAGAAGGUGGAUGCCGGAAUGUUUUUUUAUUACUUUUUGAGCAAAAAUCCUUUGCAGUACUUGAAUAAAAACAUACAGCCUAUUCUACGUUGAGAAAUCCCCCACAGCAUAUUCUACAAAAACGUGGAUGUGACUGUGACGAGAGGAUUUAGAUAAUGUGGACACUUGUGAACACAGUCACAAGAGAGUCACAAUGUUUCUCCCUGAGGUGGACCCCACAGCACUGCCCCCGGCCUCUACUGGCAUUUAGGAACCUGCUGCAUAGUGCAUCCACUUUCUUCUGAUUAACAGAACAGGAGCCCAGGUCAGCAGAAAUAAUGUGUGCAGGAAGGAAGAAAGAAGAUGCAUGAAUAGCAUCAGUUAUAGAAUAGUUGUGUGCAGGCUUAUAGUAUAGUAAGCCUAUUGAAUCUUCAUUGUUGUAACAUUAUUCACACCACUAUCACAUCAUUAAUUAUUUCACACAACAAUCUGGUUUCUCCUCAUUAAUCAGUAAUCAUUUCUACAACCAUGAAUAAAACACAAGUAAAAUGAGGAUACUGCACAUUUGGUUAAGAGUCCCAGCAGAUUCUAAAGAUUUCUUUGUUUGCAGUGACACAACCAACUUUUUACAUGUUGAUUACUUUAUGUAAUGACUAAACAGCACCCUGAUUCACUACACAAGGUUAAGGUGUUUGAAUUAUUGUGGUAUAAAUUAAAUAAAUGGGGACGGUUGGGAUAAAUUGUAGACUAUACAGUGAUAGUGAAUUUGACCUAGGUGUCCUUGCAAGUCCAAAGCCGUAGUGUGAACACUUUUUUGCUGAUGAUGCCAGGCACAGCAGCUCAGCAGGAGUCUCAACAAUGGUCAGCUUCAGAUUUUCACAUAAUGUCAAACCUGUUAAGCUAAAGUGCAUCAAAUGUCUAUCUCUGGGAUUGCAACUCAAAAAUCUUUGGUUGACUUUCUUCAAGUGUGUAACAGAUGUUCCCAUCAUUUCCAUGGCCUGUCGAAGGAAAUAAAUCCUCCUCCUUUACGCUUACUCUCCAACGUCAUGCAAGGGGGUGCAUUUGACUCUUUCAAAUGAGUUUCCAAGAUCUUCCAAAAGACAAUUUCUUUGUCUGAAACUGUCAUUCCAGUGGACAUCGUCCCUCCAAGACUGAAAUUACCGCUCAAAUAAUUAGUUUUACAACUGGUACUGUGGCUCCCAAAUGGUGUGAAUGUGCAUUUUGAUGAAUGUUUUGUUGAACGCAGAUCCUCGGUGGUGGCAUGUGGGUCAGUGCGCCAUCAGUUUUCAUGAUGUGCUCUGUCUUACUUUUCAGAAUGACUUCCAGUAAGCUUCAACCAAGAGCAACAAUUAGCAUGCACCUCAACUGAACUUUAUAUAUAAUUUAGCAGAAUACGAUAAUAGGUGUAUAUUGUGUGCAAUCUAGGAAUUAGUUUGUACCGACUGAAAUGUAUGCUCUGAUGGCGCUAAACUGAAUGGCAGUUGUGCACUUUCAGACUGGGUGUGUACACUGUGUAUGUGUGUAUGUGUGUGUGUGUGUGUAUGAGUGUGGGGGAGAGAGAGAGAGAUAGCUUUUGACUGUCUCUUUCCCCACUCCAAACCCACCUGAGAACAUGGAUAAGUCCAUAACACUGCACUGUCCCUUCUACUUUUCAGCACCAGUUAUAUUUCAUUGUCUGCACUAUGUUUAUUAGCUUAUGAUCUUUAUCAUUAUUAUUAUUGAUGAUUAUUAUUAUUGCUAUUAUUACUAUUGUUAUUUUCUUAAUUAGAGUUAAAUUUAAAUUAACUUAUAUUUUUUAUACAAAGAAAAAAAAUGUUGGCCUUUUUGUUUUGUACAAAUUAAACAUUAAGAUAAACAAAACGGUCCAGACAUGUUACUGUUACCCAGAAUAAUUGCGGAAUGUCUCAACUGUAAACGUAAGAGCAGUAGCCCAAAUGACUUUUAUUAAAUACCUGGAAAAUACAUGUCAGAUCAUUCUUUAUUUCCUGUUUGAAAUAUCUACUGGUUUGCCUUUAUUCUACUGUUAAUGCAGACUAUUUUUUUGAUGGAGCUGCAGAGAUGGUGUUGGGUGACAAUACAUCAUUCCUGAUUGGUCAGCAAAUUAUUGCACUAAAUCAGGUCCAUUUAUAAAAGAAGAGAGAGAGAUAAGCCAGGUCAAAAUAUAAAUACGAAUUGGGGAUCUUCAAAAUAACUGGCAAUGGUGAGAAUACUAUUAUGCAAUUUAUUCUGUAUGGUGCAAUUAAAUACAGGCAAUUCCCAAA